GAGAAUAGAAAAAUACCUUAUAUGCCUUGAAAAAGUUGCGGAUACAGAUGAAGGUCAAAGAUGUGCAAGGGCUUGGGAAUUAUUUGACAAUUACAAACAGGAAAGUUUGAAAGGUGACAAAUCAGAUAAAAAAGGCCAGAGAAUGGGAAAAGACAUGUUCAUCAUAAAUGGUGGAGUGUUCAAUGUAGCAUUUAUGCCAAAGAGAACUAACCAAGAAAAAGAACAAAAUUUGAUGGAUCAUUAUUCCAUUCCUGAUCACAAAGAAGUUAUUAUGGAAAAUGUUGAUAACAAAGAUGCUUACACAAAAAACAUCCAACAAUCUCAUGAGAAUGUGAUGGAAGAAGUUUGUAGCAAGAUACAAUGUAUCAAAUGUCCUCAAUUUAAGUCAGUAUAG